AUGACUCGUUCGCAGAAGUUCGGACGUUUACUUCAAGUUCUGGAACGGUGUUCUGAAAGUAUCGUUUAUCACGAUGAGAUUGUUAAUGCUGUACAACGAAUUCGACGAAUGGAAUCGAUGAUGUCACCAUUGGAGUUUCGUCCUUAUAGGGUGUUUGAUGAUAGAAUCCACGUGGUGGAUUUGAUUGCAAAGGAAUAUCUUGAAAAAGCAUCGGCGGACGUACAGCAUCUUAUUCCAGUCGAUGUUGGUGCUGAUGGAAAUUGUUUAUAUCAUUCUGUUAUUCUUUUGAUGAAUGAUCCAACACUAACAGCAAGUGAAUUACGAGUUCGCACGAUUAUUGAACUCGUAAUAAAUGAAGCGUUUUAUUCCGAUAUGCAUACACAUCGGGCAGGGCGUAUUGAUAUAGCUAUUAAAGCUAUAUGCAAAAAUCGUACAUAUUCAGGAUUGUACGAAAUUUGUGCUUUAUGUAGUAUACUCAAAUGCAAUAUACGAAGUGUCUAUCCGGAAAUUGAUUUUGAAGCUGGCAUGGCUGUGAUGAAUAGUAUAUAUACACCUAUUCCGCCGAUCGUUGCUAAUUAUGAAGUUGCAGUUUUGUGGUCGAAUGUGCGGAAAGAAAUGCAUGUGCGAGUGGUGACUAAUAAUGCAUGGAGGCCAAAUCAUUUUGUGCCCCUCUUAGCACCAAAUCAGCAAUAUGAUUUUGAUCAAAGGAAUCAAUUAUUAUUAUCUAAUGUCAAAACUCCUGAAAAGAAAACAUUUAAGAACAAUGCAGUCGCUCAAAUACGCAUUCCUGAAUUUGAAUCUUCCGCUAACAGACGUGUACGUAGUGUUAUCAAUAUUGAAAAUGAACACAACAAAGCAACUAGUCCGAUUGCAAUCGAACAGACUCAGACGAACAUGGAAGAAGAACAUGAAAAUCGACUUGCGAAAGAUAGAGAACGUGUCCGUCUGAGACGAAUUAAUGCGACGGAGGAACAACGUCAAAAUCGACUUGCAAAAGAUAGAGAACGAGCUCGAUCCAGACGAGACAGUCAAGCUGAAGAACAACGGCAACGUCGACUCGAGCAAAAGAAAGAACAUGCACGAUCUGUACGGCAGAAUGAAACAGAUGAUCAAUAUCAGUUAAGGAUCAAUUAUCAAAGGGGUCGAAAAACAACUAUGGCUAAUACGGAUAGUACAUUCAAUGUUAUAUCUUCUUCAGAUAACAUUCGUUCAACAAGUACAAAGAAUUAUACAUAUAAUUUCUAUCUAGCAAAACGUAUACCUUUAAAUAUUCUAGGUACUGAUGAAAAUAUUUGGUCAGUGGUUUCUUCACCAAAACCUCAGCUAAAUAUAUCAGCAUCAGAUGCAGAAAAUUUAACUGCAAUCAAAAAUUAUUCUUUAGUAUCUAAUGAACAACAAAACUACGUAGAUUCAUCUAAGUCGAAACUUGAGAACUUAUCAACAUUGGAAAUAUCACGAGAACAUAUACAAUCAGUUCAAUUGGAUGCAAUAAAUACUUUACGAUCACAUCAUCCAGCUUCAUUGAUAUCCUCACGACAGAUGAUGAAAUUAAAUUGGUAUUUAAUAGAUUUACCUGGUAUUGGACUUGUGAAUAAUAGCAAACAAGAUAAAAAUCUAUGUUUUAUCAAUGCAAUCAUUCAAUGUCUUGCAUAUACACCCGGUCUAGCUCAAUGGUUAUUAACUGAACAUGAUAAACGAAUUACUUGUGAAAUUUCAUCGGCAAAUCAUUUUUGUUCUAUGUGUGAAGUAUCUAUUAUUAUUAAUUCAAUUCAUCAAGCACGUCAUGGACUAUCAACCGAUUUUCAACAAUUAUCUACUGCUUCGGCAUAUACUUUAUCUCGAAACAUAAAUGAAUUAUCGCCAACGUUUACUCCUGGUCGACAAGAAGAUAGUGAUGAGUUUUUAAAUUGUUUACUAAAUCACAUGGUUAAAUGUUUAAUGUCG